CUUAUACAGUCUUCAUGAUUACCAUCUAACGAAAAAUCUUCUGUAAAAUCUCUAGAUUCCGUUUCCAUUUUUUUAUCCUACUGUGUGUUUACAUUCCUCUAGUCGAUGUUUGCCGAUAUCAGCAAUGAAUUAGAAAUAAUUAAAGAAUGUAACAUAACAUGGAUACAAAUGUCUGAUUGUUUCUAAUUCUUCAGUUUAAUUGCUGAAGUUCUUUCCCAUGUAAAACAUAAAAUGGUAAACAUUGAUUUGACGGAUAAAACGGUAUUGAUAACAUACCACAUUGGUUAAAGGUACUCGUGCUCCGUUUAAAAUAUGUAUUCGUACGCUUUAGUAUUAUUUUUAAUACUUGUCGGUAUUAUAAGACCCAUAUAUUCGCACAAUGAUUAUUUCGAUGAGGAGUUGAUGUUGAAACCACUGCCAAGUAGUCAUGUUUAUGCGUAUUUUCAAUUUACCACGGUAUGGGAGACGUCGAAGGAAGCUAAAACGUUACAACAUUCCCAUUUAUUUCCAAGAGGACUUGGUGAAAUUAUAAGUCGUCAUGGUGUAGACGAAUUACAUCUCACUUUAACCAAAGGAUUGUGGAGCUAUGAAAAAUGGGGAUAUCCUUAUCAUGAUGCUGGUCCUGGUGCAGAGAUAACUACAUGGUUUCACAAAGAUGUCACUGAUGUUGACGAUGAAUGGAAAAGUCUAACAAAUGCUCUAGCUGGACUAUUUUGUGCCUCCUUGAAUUUUGUUAAUCCUUCCAAUAGUAUGUCUCCAGAAUUUACAUUCCGCCCCACAGGUGCUGUAGAGCAUAGCAUGAAUUCUAGUCAUUUACGGUAUUCAUCAUUACCAAGAGAAAUAGUUUGCACAGAAAAUCUAACACCAUUCAAAAAAUUACUACCAUGUAACUCAAAGAAAGGUUUGGCAACAUUGUUGAAUUCCGCAUAUAUUCAUAACACAAAUUAUCAUUCCAUCGGUAUACAUUUCCGAGUGAUAUGUUCAAACGCGAUGUGUACGAAGACAUCGUUGGAAUUGAAACAGACUGUCUCAUUGAUAUAUGAUACUAUGGUUGACGUGUCACAGGAUUGGUCGAUUCGGAAAUUCUUCGGAAUGGGAAUUAAGGGAGCAUGUCCUCUCGCUACGCUAAGCAAUGUAUAUAUCGAUGUAUCUAAUAACAAUACAAAUCAAAUUUAUCGAUUAUUGCCGCCUCCGAGUGCCAAAAUAACUAGUUUUCGCGGAGGGCAACAAAAUGAAAUUGCAGUUUACGAUAUCAGGUCGCAUUCUACGAAGGGAAUGUUCAAUAUCGGGGUUGCGCAUAAUACUGGCUUUAAGGCCAGCUUGAAUUAUCCUUCGGUUUUGUUUGCCAAUAGAUACAUUAUAGGAUAUGGUCAAGAGAGGGGUAGUUUAGUAACGAAACUUUAUAAUAAUUACUGGCAACCGCUCGACAUUGUUUUAUUAGAAAAUAUUCCAUGGUAUUUACCAGUAUAUCUACAUUCUGUCACAAUAACCUGUGGAGACAAGCAGAUCGUUCCAUUGGCGCAGCGUUAUCUACCUGGCAAAGAAAGAAAAAGUCCAUACUAUCUAGAAAUGGUUUUGCGUUUACCACCGCAAUCGGUUACCAAAUUUUCUAUAGAAAUGGACUACUCGUUUCUCAAGUGGCAGGAAUAUCCACCGGAUGCUAAUCAUGGAUUUUACAUGGGCUCAGCCAUAAUUACCGCGUUACUCCCCAUCGCGAGAAACUAUACCUCGCUACCACUCGAUGGAAGUACUGUAACUUCAAGUUUUAACGCUUCAAGAGAUGGAUAUUUGGUACAGCUAAGAACAGAAUCAUUACUAAUCAGCCUUCCUACGCCUGAUUUCAGUAUGCCAUACAACGUAAUUUGUUUAGCGUGUACAGCAGUCGCUCUAGCAUUUGGCCCGCUUCAUAAUAUUUCAACGAAACGAUUGGUAUUAAAACGAAUCGAGAUGGAUUGGAAAGAGAAAUUGUUUUCUUUUUUAAUGGAAAAGAUUGUUAAACCAAAGAAGAAAAAGCAAGAAUAAAAAUAUGUGAUUUAUUAACGUGUUCUUAAAUUAAAUGGAAUAUUUGAAACUGUUAUAGCGAAAUGAAAACUAGCAGUUAAGGUUAUAAAGUCUGUGUAUCACGCAACGCCGAACAAAAUUUGAUCAAAGUAACAAUUACAAUGAAAAUGAAUACUCAUUAAUCGCUCGCAACGACUGACAAUUGACAAUUAAUAUCAUCAUUUGUUUUUCUUGCGACUAUUGUUAAUUAAAUUAAUGGUUAAACAAUCGUCGCAAACGAUUCAUUUGAAUACUUAAUAAUAAUAAUCACAAUUAAAAUUUUUAAUCGCAUGCCAUAACAGAAUAAUGCCCAACUGUGAUAUGAUGUUAGUGUAACGAGAUGCGGGAUGAGAUCAAACUUCUUUCGAUUGUAUAAAAAUGAACGAUUCUCAAUUUGAUUUUAUUAUUCUCUACUAUUCUGUCUAUUUUGUUUGUUUGUAAUAUGUUACAUAAAGUAUAAAAAAUGCUCGCAAUUCUUUAUUUGAUGGCAUUAGAUCUAUAACUUGAUAAUACCGGGAUUAAGUUGAUCCGUUAUUUUAUAAAUGUUAGUCAGGAAAUUUUUCGUGAAAAACUUUACAAUGCACCGCAAAUUAUAGAAUCAUGUAUAUUUAUAAUCUUUUUAAUGUUUAAUAAUCGUGUAAAAUAGAAACAAUAAAUAUUGUAACAAAUGUAA